AUGAAAUGCGGUCGGGGUCAUGAACUACACCUAACACAUUUGCCCUGUGCUCGCAAGCACCGUUGCACAGUUUGUCAUGAAGUCAUUCCAAGAUCUGCCCGACGGUUCAUGUGCCGGCGAUGCAGCUACGACGUAUGCUUCGACUGUGGGAUGCAUGACAACUGUUUGAUUGAUCGAUCGAAGGACUCGCAGAAGACCUUGCGCUCAGUCUUCAAGGAGUAUGCGAUGGGACAUCAAAGAAGUGUGGCUAUCAGCACCACUUAUGACAUCAUUUCACCUAGUGAUGGGCACAUGCGGCGACACCAGCACAAGAGGGGCCUGGGAGUUGGUGAGGACUGCAGGUAUGCAGUGUUCAGUGAUGCCACGAUGAACGUGGACACAUUCCACUUACCAACACCAUCGGAAAGGCCCAGUUCACGAGAAACUCCAUCAUCAUCCGAUCCGACCAUCGCAGCUUGCCUGUUUGUGGUGAAGCGCUGCAUGCAGCUGGUGGAUGUUGUCGCCGCUGAAGUGGCUGCCGGCUUCGAUUGCCUGGACCACGAAUGGCUGCCCAAGCGCCACGCGAAACGCGCGUGGCGUGGCUUGCAGGAGCUGCGCAUCCAGACGGGUGAUUCUCACUUGAUCCUCACUUCUCCGGAAGGUGAUGUGCUAAAGGAGUGGGCAGAAGCACUUCGAAAAGAGAUCGACACUUUGAUUCGAGCAGCAACCGAGCUACAGAAGCUCCAGCCAAUAGUGUCAGAGGUGACUGCACCAGUGAAGGUCUUUGGAAUCCUGGCAGCCAGUGUUUUCCUGGUGGUCCACUGGAUGGUUAGUGUCGUGACUGGUUUCAACAACAGUGGCCUCUUCCUAUUUGGUUGGAUCGUACACCCAAAGCAGGUGUGGCUCAACAGGGGCAAUCACGAAGACCGUCAGCAAAACCUGCGCACCACCAAGAUAGGCAGCUUGGGCUUUGACAGAGCUUGUUUUGAAGCACUAGGCGCGGAAGAGGGGCGAAGGAUUUUUGAAUCCUUCCAGUCCUUCUUCGAAUGGCUUCCGCUUGCUGCCCGCAUCGAGCAAAAAGUCUUGGUGCUACAUGGCGGCCUUGGGCCUGGUGACUGGACGUUGGAGGAUCUCUCACAGGUUGAGAGGCCUUUGGUGUCCAAAGAGCUGCAUUUUACUCUUGAAGGAGCCCGAAAAUCGCCGGGAUCCUUUGAAGAGCUUUGGCGUUCUCAGCUCAGCCGUUGGGCGCAGCAUUUUCGAUUCUUGAACAAAACCACUGGUGAUGUGACCCAGCGCUUCUGCAAAGCAGAAGGUCUCGAGCUCGUAAUUCGAUCGCAUCAGUUUACCAACACAUGCAAGGGCUAUGAACUCAUGCAUGAUGGCUACUUGCUGCGAGUGUUCUCAGCGCGAAACUACAUGGGGACAGUCCCCAACGAUGGCGGAAUGCUUUUGAUUGGAUACGGAGAAGAUUCGCGUGGCUCUGUAUCACUUGUCGUGCGGCCACGCAGUGUGGAGCGCUUGACAGGAGCUAACCGAGGCAGACAGAACACAGAAUUGCCAGGUUCUAUUUUGAGCUACGAACCUUAUUGCCCAAGAAAGCACUUGAUGCAGCUCAUCAAGCCCGAACAGGUGAGAUGCUUCGGGUGGACCCAUCGAGACUCUGACGACUUCCGCUCCUGCUCUGAGUGUGGCCAGGACGAUAUUCAAGUUGAGUGUUAUUUCGCUUGCCGUGGGUGUGGCGACUAUGACAUUUGCAUUGACUGCGCUGGGCGGCUCUCUCGGGGGCUGCAAGCUUUACCAGCCUUCAGCCCACCAUCGAGAUCAGUUGAUUCUCCAUCGGGACGCUCGACUGCACCAUUAGGAUCCAUUAGGAGAACGCUCCUGCACGAACGGUUUGGUGGAUGGUGGUGCCAGGGUGGUGGACUGAGGCUUCUCGGAUGA